AUGCUUAAGCCCAAGGACUUAUGUCCGCGAGCGGGUACGCGCACCUUCCUGGAGGCCAUGCAGGCGGGCAAAGUGCACUUGGCCCGUUUCGUGCUGGACGCACUGGACCGCAGCAUCAUCGACUGCCGCGCAGAACAGGGUCGCACGCCGCUUAUGGUGGCCGUGGGGCUGCCAGAUCCCGCGAUGCGCGCGCGCUUCGUGCGACUACUGCUUGAGCAGGGUGCGGCGGUGAACCUGCGGGAUGAGCGCGGGCGCACGGCACUCAGCCUGGCAUGUGAACGAGGCCACCUGGACGCCGUGCAGCUGCUGGUACAGUUCAGCGGCGACCCCGAGGCAGCCGACUCAGCAGGCAACAGCCCUGUGAUGUGGGCGGCGGCGUGCGGCCACGGGGCUGUGCUUGAGUUCCUGGUGCGCUCCUUCCGCCGCCUCGGCCUUCGCCUCGACCGCACCAAUCGUGCGGGCCUCACAGCUCUACAGCUGGCCGCAGCCCGUGGCCAUGGGACCUGUGUGCAGGCCCUCACCGGGCCCUGGGGCCGAGCCGCAGCCGCCGCAGCGGCCCGGGGCUCCAACUCCGACAGUCCCCCUGGCCGCCCGGCCCCUGAACCCAGCCCAGAGCGUCGACGACCCAGCCCCCGCCGCCUACCGCGGCCUCUACUGGCGCGCUUUGCGAGAGCGGCGGGCGGCCACGGCCACGGCCACGGCCACGGCCAUGGUGGUGAGGCUGGCUCAACAGGCAAGGGCUCGGGCCGGCACCGGGCACAGGGCAGCGAGCGGCCGGAGCUGGGCCGGAGCAUGAGCCUGGCCCUGGGUGCCAUGACCGAGGAGGAGGCAGCACGUCUACGGGCGGGGGCCCUGAUGGCCCUACCAAACUCACCCCAGUCUUCGGGGGCUGGGCGGUGGCGCUCUCAUGAGGUGCUGGAGGGAGCGCCCUCAACCUUAGUGCAAGCCCCCAUUGGCCUUAGUCCCCACCCGGAGGGCGGCACCGGCUCUGGCCGCUUGGGUUUGCGCCGACGUUCCACAGCUCCAGACAUCCCCAGCUUGGUUGGGGAGGCUUCAGGGCCUGAUAGUGGUCCGGAGUUAGAGGCCAACGCUCUGCCCCACUCGGUGCCUGGGCCGAAGCCUUGGCAAGGGGGCUCAGAGGCUGUGGUGGUGCAGGCUCAGCGAUAA